GUAGAGAGAACUGGAGGAGAAGGCGUAGAGACGCGUAGGAGGACAGAUCGCUUGGGAUCUGCUAAAUCCAAGAAGAUGUCAUAAAACACCAAUCCUACAACAUCUCCAGUCACAUCCGUCACAUCUCCAAGGGUCAGGGGCACAAUGCCAGGAUCUGGGUGAUCAGGAGGCUUUUGCCUGCGAUUUGUUGCUAUUUGGUGUUUACAGUUUGGAUACAAUGUAUCUCAUUCAGAUUCAUCACUUCAGUCACUGUGCACUGCUCGCAGUUCUCCUCGGCCUCACAAUGGAUUUGACCAGUGGAAUGGACCGUAUCCUGAUCCCUCAGUAUCCGAUUAUUAAUGGAUCCGUCACCAUGAGUGUUACCGGCAUCACUGGGGACAUUCAGACUGCCUCCUGGUUUAAAGGACCAGAUUCAUCUUCUCAGUAUCAGAUCCUGGCAUAUUUUCCUGGUAGUUCUUCCCCAUUAGUUCCUGGACCUCUGUACAGUCCUAGGUUCUUACCUUUCAAUAAUGGAUCAUUACAGAUCAAAGAUCUUCUUAUCACUGAUGGAGGGAAUUAUAUAGCGAAGAUACAGACAGGGAAACAAGAAGACAUAGCUGUGACCCUGACCGUCUAUGAGCCGGUCACUAAACCUAAAAUGACAGCAGCACCCUCCAACCAACCCAAAGAAAAUGAAACAUUAACCCUAACCUGUGACACCUCACAGGCCAUUAUGAUAAGAUGGAGCAGACGUGGCGGCAGCAUCUCCACCAACACCAAGUUAUCUGGAAAUAACAAGACUCUGACCUUCUCCGGUAUAAAACGAGAAGACGCAGGAGAAUACCAGUGUGAGGCUCAGAACCUUGUCAGUAAGGAUUCCAGUGAUCCCUACAAAGUCACUGUGGCCUAUGGACCAGACUAUGUGAAAAUAGAAGGGUCGUCCUAUGUGAGGCCGGGUUCUUCCAUCACUUUAUCAUGUUCUGCUGAUUCUUUCCCGACUCCUGAAUAUCAGUGGAAACACAAUAACACUGUCCUAGAGGAAAAAACGAACAAAUAUAGUAUUAGUAGUGCUAUAAAUGAGAAUGAAGGCCUGUACUGGUGUAUAGUGAAGAACACAGUGACUGCCCGCACGGCUUCUGUCUCUAUAUACGUGAAUGUGACUGAAGAAUAUAUAGAAUUACCAAAAGACAAGGGUAGCGCAAUGAUCAUCGGAAUUGUGGUGGCUGUCGUGCUCUUGUUGAUUCUUAUUGCAGCAAUAAUUUAUCUGCUCAUCUUACACAAACGGCGCAAAAGCUUAAGUGACACAAAUUCAACGUUAAAAGACUCAUCCCGGAAUGGUCAGGCUGACAUUCCAACACAAACUGCGGAACAGCAUGAGCUUCAGUACGCUUCAAUUGAGUUUUCCAACAACAUGCCAAAAAAGGAGCAGAAACCCGAAGCGAUCUAUGAAAACCGGAGUCCCCAGGCGGCGCCGCCUCCUACGGACAAUGUGGUGUAUUCCGAGCUGAAAUUGCGCUGAAUUCUACUUCCUCCGUCACUUCAUUCACACACAUUCCUACGACUGUGCACCAGGAUUUGCUGUACAAUUCGUCCACUCGGCGAUCCGUCGGAUUUCUACAUUAUAACCCGCUCCGGAUGUGAGCGUAUUCUACUCCGUCCUAGCAGGACACGCUCAGCACCGGAGCCGUCAGACUAACCUCAGGCUCUUACACAAACGCCAACAUUCCCUGUAUAGCUUUAGUCUGUGCUUCCCGCCUUGUCUGAUGCUGUCCUCUAGUGUCCAGGUGUUGAAUGGCAGCUACGUGUAUCGUGAAAAACAUGAAACCCUUGUCCUGAUCUUUUUUGAGGGAACCAAUUGCUAUUCUGUUUUUAAUAAGACUGGACUUCUUACCGACGUUUCGGUCCGGAUGUCUCCUCCUACGACCCUCAUUGCUCAAGUGCAGAUUUGAUGUGCAAGACAGUUGCAUGCCGUGAAGUAACCUUUUUUAGAGGAACUUGAGGUCAACCUAACAUUGCAGGAUCUUAUCGGAACUGUGAACUUAAUUUUUUUACCAUAAACUGUAUGUACUGUACACGUCCAUAGAUUCUGCAAAAUAUAUAAUAUAGAUAUGCACACCUACAGUCAACCUUGCUGUGUUUACCAUAGCCAGGGCGUAGCUAUAGGAGGUGCAUCCGGGCCUGGGUACUUGAGGUGCUUUAAGGCCUUCUCAUUACGAGAGGACAUCAGUAUUAAUAUAAGCACAUGGAAGGUUUUGGGGGCUGUUGACUGGACAUGGCAAAAUGCCCAAAAGUCCUACACAAGCCUUGUUGAACUCAACAGUACUGGUCUGUCUUACGAAGCCUCCUAAAGCAUUAGAAGGGUCCUCAGCCAAACUGGACUUAUUUAUGGUAGGUGGCUCAAUAUACUUAUUGCCCACCUAGGCAUGGAUGGUUUCUGAUCCACCCCUGUUAUAUGGGAAGCCUUUUAAGAGUAUAUUUUAACCUCCUAGGAGGUUCGGGCCUAGCUCAGAUGGAAAGAACCUACUGCCCAUUGCUACCAUGGCAACCAGGAAUGGAGAAGCCUAAAGUAUUUAAGGGUAAUGGAGGCUUUUUGUCUUACAAGAAAGAGUAAAGAAGGACCGGGCCCGUUUUUAGGGGUUGUGGUGGUGUCAAUAACUAAGAAGCCCUAUUUUCAUUCUUGCUCCGAUUUGAUAUAGUCCUUUGUAAUCGGUUGUAAAUGUACUGUAAGUAUUAGGACAAUUGUAACCAAGGUACAGCUGGGAGUAAAUGGACCACUUACACAACUAUGGUAUAUGUAAAUACUAUACCAGUGGUCUCCAAACCGUGAUUGCAAAAAUACAACUCCCGGCAUGCACGGACAGCCGUUGGCUGUCCGGGCAUGCCGGGAGUUGUAGUAUUGCUACCCCCGGAGGGCCACCGUUUGGAGAUCACCGCACUAUACUGUAAAUAUAGAAAGAACGUGUCUGUCUAUUUUAAAAAUAAAGAGUGUGAAUUGCUUAUUGUGAUCUUAACGUCAAUGUAGCAUUCUAUUAAAAUAAAAUAAAAAUAAAAAAUUUAAAAAAAGGACAAUAAACGGUAUAUCGACCUCCG